GUUGCCUCGCGCAUCAAAACCAUACGUUUCUCUGAGCAAUUAAUGGAUGACUGGUAUCAGAUGGAAAAGCAGCCAGUGAAGAUGUUCUUGUUCGCCAGACUGCUUCAGCCCCCGUCGUUUUUCUCAGCUCUCAGCAUCAAAUUCACGGGGCGCAUCGAGUUCAUCUUCGUCGACGUGCGCAACUGGGACAACACCACCUGUCUGGACGAGAUUGGGGUGCAGCAAAUGCCCUCAUACAUCCUCAAAACACCAGAAGGCAUCUACAGAUACGGCAAUAGCACCGGGGAAUUCAUUUCCUUGCAUGCCAUGGAUGCAUUUCUUCGGUCCGUACAACCAGAAGUCAAUGACUUGUUCAUUUUGAGCUUGGUUAUGGUCAAUCUAAUGGCUUGGAUGGACCUUUUCAUUACACAGGGAGCCACCAUAAAACGCUUUGUGGUUUUAAUCAGCACACUAGGGACUUAUAAUUCCUUACUCAUCAUUUCCUGGCUGCCCAUCCUUGGUUUUCUUCAGCUUCCAUACCUGGAUAACUUUUAUGAGUACAGCCUGAAACUGUUACGUUACGCAGACACCACUACUAUUGCCUCUUGGGUCCGGGCCGACUGGACCUUCUAUUCUUCUCACCCAGCUCUCUUCCUCAGCACUUAUCUAGCCCAUGGCCUUCUCAUCGACUACUUUGAGAAGAAAAGAAGAUGUAGCAACGAAGACCAAAACGCAAACAACCUAGAGUGGUUGUCAAGUCUCUGGGAUUGGUACACUAGCUACUUGGUACAUCCCAUUGCCUCGUUCCAGAACUUUGAGUCAGACUGGGACGACGAUCCCAAUUUCCUUUUGGAAAGAUUGGCAUUCCCAGACCUCUGGCUUCGCCCGCUGGUUCCAAUAGACUACAUCAAGAACCUGCCCACCUGGAAGUUCAGACUCGCUCAGUCUGAAGGGCCCAACCGAGUGGACCGUGACAACCGACAAAAAACUAUGGCGAACCCAAAUGGCGGCUCCAGUGGGUACCAGGAAGUGCAUCACUGCAGUUCAGAAGUUCUUCACGAUAAUAACGCUGGAUGUUCGGCUGCAAUGAAGUCAGAAGAGUCGUGGUCUGGUGAAGAGGAACAGGACACUGAUUGGUCUCAGUGGCCUUGUGGCAUGCUCCACUGCACUGAGUGUGUUGUGUGUCUUGAGAACUUUGAAACAGAUUGCCUUGUAAUGGGUUUACCGUGCAGCCAUGUUUUUCACCAGCAGUGCAUCGUGGUCUGGCUAGCUGGUGGGCGGCACUGCUGCCCUGUGUGCCGGUGGCCAUCGUACAAGAAAAAACCCACAAGACAACAUGCAACUGAACAGCUUGAACCAGAAUAGCCCUUGUCCAAUUAGUUUACGUCUCGCUUCCUGCACUUAUUUAAAAAAGAAAAGAAAAAAAAAA